CAGCAAUAGACCUCGUGAUUAUCUCAUAUACGCUAUGUAAUGAAAUUCGACCGGCCAUGAUCUCUCAAGUCGAUCCCCGCGAGAUCGAAUCACUCCUUUUCGGACUGGACUCGAACGACUUUGACGAUGAUCUUCAGGAUGGUAGUUCCAAUCACCACCCAUCGUCGCCACCUCCGUCUCAACCCUUCGGUGAGGACUUGUCUAGCGUCGAACUACCAGCAUUCACUGGCUUUGCAAAUGCGAGAGGUGUCAAGCUACCACCGCCGUCUGAAGAGGCGUUGCGGCAGGCCAUGACUCUGGUAGCGAGUGCCAGUCAAGAUCCGGAAGAAGGACCUGCAUCGAAAAGACAAAAGCUGGAUGAGGCAGGACCACCAACUUCUCUAUUCAAGACGGGGAAUGGUCAUUCGCUACCAGCUCCCUCUGAUGAUGCCUUUGCAAAGGUUUCUGCACUAUUUGACUCUGCACAAGAUGCAGAGCAGCCUGAAAGCGGGCCAUGCAAGCCUCUCGUACCGACACCCCCCACCUCUCUCUUCUCGACGUCCAACGGAAAAGCCAUUCCACCUCCUAGCGAGGCGGCAAGAAGACUCGCAGCGACCUUUUUUGAUGAAACAAGUCAGAACGAUGCUCCACCCACGAGAGCCUCACAAGCGUGCUCCACACCGCCUAUCUCAAUUACCCCAUUUCGACCUCCUGUCAGUGUUGGUCGAACCCCGCUCCGAUCGACGCUUGGCAAUUCUGCCGGUCCAUCCACUCCCGCUGCUAUGGAUAUCACUCGCCAAAAAGCUGUUGAUAUCAGAACCCCAGUCACUCAGCGUCGACUAGGAAUGAGCUCAACGUCCUCACCCGUUUCAGGAUCCAGACGAAAGGGUUUUGUCACUCCAUUCAAGAUUCCCCAGAGCAAGCUGGCAUCGGGCAUUCGAGCCCCAGUGGCGACGCCUCCCGCUCAAGCUGUUUCAGUCGUUCACAGGUCCGUCUUCGACCUCACAGCAUCCGACAGUCGUAGCACACUUCGAGAGGCGUUUCUCAAACCACAAUAUUAUACAGACUCGGAUUAUGAAGAGCACAAGAUUCCGGAACAUGUCCUGCGUCUGACCCUGGAGAAUGCUUCGAAUUAUUCAUUCCUGAAGAAUGGAAUCUUGGUCCCUUUUGACACAGUCAUUGACGAUUUGCGGCGAGAUGGCUGUGGCUUAGUGUCCCGAGCUUGGGCUUCAAACCACUGGGGGCAGAUACUGUGGAAGCUUGCAGGGGAGUGUCAAGCUCAGCCGUCAUUGUUUCCCAAUUUGUGGACUCUUGACGAAGUGAUACGUCAACUCAAGUAUCGAUAUGAACGAGAAUUUGGGCACGCUCAACGAUCCCUUGUCAGACGCAUACGAGAAAACGAUACUCCUCCUUCGGUACCCAUGGUAUUAUGCGUGUCCAAGGUCAGACGAAUGGUUGUGCCGGCAUCAAAGGACUCCAAGCAGCCCGAGCAGCAGGUCAUCCUGGAGCUCACGGAUGGCUGGUAUAGGAUCAACGCACAGAUCGACUCCGCGCUGAAACGUGCGGUGGACAGAGGUCGGGUAUGUGUAGGCAGGAAGCUCGCUAUUUGUGGUGUCAAGCUCGCCCCGGGCGCAGAAGGAGAGGACCCACUGGAAAUCAGCAACAUGUGUUGUCUUAUGCUCACUGCAAACUCUUGCUCGCUGUCGCGUUGGGAUACUCGACUAGGCCGGCAACGAGAUCCUUUCGUAUCGAGUCUGUGCAGUAUUUCUGUCGAUGGUGGCACCAUUGCCCUAGUCGAUGUCAAGCUCGACAAACUUUUCCCGAAGGCUUAUAUGAGUGCUCAAAAGGGUCAAAACGAAGCUCCGUGGGACGAGGCGGAAGAAUCACGUCGGGUUUCAGCUUGGAAGGAUCGAAGGGAGACUGAGACUGUUCGUCUGACCAGUGAAGCCGAUGAUGAGGUUGCCAAAUCAGAGCAAAUCUUAGAAGCACUGGUUUCCUGUGCUGAGCAAUCAAAGAUCGGGACGGGAGAAUCCCUGGACGAGGAUGAUUUAUUCGACUCUAUCACGCAUGCAGGGAAUCCUCUGAGAAAAAUUCAGACACUUUCCAGCAAGAUGGCUUCGCGACUCAUACAGAGGGCAAGGUCUCACUGCUCUGCGGCUGUCGAGUCGAGAUCGUACCAUGUUCAACACGAAAUUGAGAGACUCUGCCCAGCGCGCGACACGAGAAGCUUUCGAGUGGCACGUGUGACUGAUGCGCAGAUUGGAGAUCGAGAACCCGGCAGACGGGUCGCCAUGGUGAAUAUUUGGGAUUGUGAUCAGCUUCCUCCGGAUAUUCUCAAAGCAGGAGGAAGGUAUCUGAUCUCAAACCUCGCACCCGGUCGCGCUGGAGACUGGGCAGUGCCACACCCUAACGAUACGACCACUCGCGAAAUUUACCUUCACACACGACGAGACACUCGAUGGUACCCUGGAGAUUCAGUCUGAGUCGACA